AUGGAAAGGUCCGAGGAGUUAUUGACAGUUGAGGACAGGGCACAGUUAUCCACAUUUAUUGGCAAAAGCAGCAGUUUUGAACUGUUAUAUAAAAUAAGUCGUGAUGGUUGUUCGGCGACAAGGUUUCACCAGUCCUGUGACUACAAUGGUCCUACAGUAACGGUCCUUUACGAUACUAAUAAUAGCGUGUACGGGGGAUUCCUUUCAGAAGACUGGAAAGUAGGAAGGCCUUCAACAAGCAUAGAGGAUAGAAAAGCCUUCGUUUUCACUUUACGCGACAGUGGUGUUUCAGAGCCAAUGAAGUAUCCCGUCAUAAAACCUGAACAUGCUGCAUUUGCAUCGAAGGAAUUUGGGCCAACCUUUGGUGCAGGGAGUCUUCUGGAUAUUGAUGAACCUAAACAAUUAGUUCAUAAACAUAAGAAAAUGGCUUUUAGAAAAACUGGGGCCCCUCAGAACCACCAAUUUGAUGAUGCAACUGUAGAUCUGUUAACAUUUUAUGGAACUGUAGAACCAACUGUGGAUAGAUGUACAGGGACCCAAAAUUAUGAACUAAAUGGAAAAGCUGAUUUCAGAUUUGCCUAUAGGGGAGACAAUGAGCCUAUGUGGUGCGCAUAUCCCAUGUGCGUCUUUGAUCUAGAGGUGUAUAAAGUUAAAGUUACAGUUGGUAAAAGUUUACUUUUUCCAAAGCCCUCUCAUGAGACAUGGAGAGAGUUUCCUUGCUGGGAUGAACAGACAUUUCGAAAAUUAAAGGACACAGUUUCCAAUUAUAAACCCUUAGACGAUUCGGGUUUAUCUGAAGUGAACAUCUUAUUAGUAGGGCAUAUUGGAGCUGGGAAAUCCAAUUUUUUCAACACUGUAAACUCAAUAUUCCGAGAAGAAGUGACAGCUCGGGCAUGCGCAGGAAACUCAAAACAUAGUCUUACUACAGUUUAUCGAAAAUAUCGAAUUAGAAACCCGGAAACUGGUGGGUAUUUAAACUUCCGCCUCUGUGAUACACGUGGAAUUGAGGAAGAUAUGUGCAUCAAACAUCAGGAUAUGGUAUCCUUAUUAGACGGACAUCUCCCUGAUCAACACAAGUUUAAUCCUACGGCUCAUGCUACCGAAAAGGACCCUGGCUUUAAUACAAAACCUACCUUUAAGGAUAAAAUACAUUGUGUAGCUUUUGUUAUGGAUGCGAGUACCAUUGAUGUUCUUCAAGGAUCAGUCUCGCAGAAAAUGGAAGAAUUUCAUUCUCUUAUGAUUGAACGGGGAAUUCCACAAAUAGUUUAUUUGACGAAGUUGGAUAAAAUUUGUCCAUUUGUGGAUGACGACGUUCGCAGAAUAUUCAACAGUGAGGCUUGUAAACAAGCUGUUGACAAAGCAGCUGAGGUCAUCGGGCUUCCACGCUCUCAUAUUUUCCCAGUGAAGAACUAUGAAAAAGAAACACAGCAGCAAAUAGGAGUCGAUAUUUUGGCGCUCUCCGCUGUCAGACGGACGCUUGUGUAUGCAGACGAUUAUCUCGAAGAUCAGUUCGAACUCUCACAAUCUGAAGAGCAACUUCAGCUUCUUAAACUGUAG